AUGCCAUUUGUCAAUUACCCAGACGACCUAAAUCUUAAUAGGCUCAGUGCGCCCAUAGCUGGCACUAAGGCUGAAGGUCAAAGUGCUAUCUGGACUAAAGAAUGGUAUGCAUCUCUUCCUAAUGAGCCGACAACACUCUUCGAAUUAUUCGAACAAUCUGUUGCGAGACAUCCUUCGAGAGCCUUAUUCCUUCGUCGAGCAUUACUUCCAUCCUCACCCGCCGCUCCAUCUUCUGCAACUCAAGAACCUACUUAUUCCCGUACACUAGUACCCACAACAUACGAAGAGAUCCAAACUCGGAGAUCAAAUUUAGGUUCAGCUUUAUUAGCUCUGGAAAGACAAGGUAGAUUACAAUCUUCCAUAUCCAAUAAUGGCGCUAGUCCACCCGAAAUCACUCAUCCUGGUGUACCAUAUUACGGCAAUUCCAACAAAGCCAAAGGUGGUUCGAGAAGAGGUUGGGCGGUUGGAAUUUGGAGUAAAAAUAGGGAGGAAUGGCAAAUUAUCGAUUUAGCUUGUCAAGCUUAUGGUUUAGUCGGAGUCAGUUUCUAUGAAACCUUAGGUCCAGAUGUAGCUCAAUACAUUACAAAUCAUUGUCCAAUUUCAAUCACUUUCGCAUCUUCCAAUCAUCUUGCUUCCAUACUCAAAAUGGCUCCUAAAUGCCCUUCUUUGAGGAUCGUCGUUUCGAUGGAUCCCCUUGCACCAUCUGAACAUAAUCUGCUUUCUCAAUGGGCAGCAAGUAUCGGUAUUGAGCUUAUGACCAUGGACGAACUUGAGAAAUGGGGUUCCACCAAUGAGAUUUACUUGGAACCCGGACCUGUUAAGGGUGAUCAGAAUGAUCUCCAAUUAGACAGAGAACGAAUAGCUACUAUCUCCUAUACCAGCGGAACUACCGGUGAUCCAAAAGGUGUCGUAUUGACCAACAAAAACUUGACUUACGCCGUUCGAUCAAAUGUUCUCGGUUCAAACGAAGCUAUUACAGGUGGACAAGAAUGGAAAUAUCUCUCUUACCUUCCUCUGAGUCACAUCUAUGAGCGUUUCUUACACUUCGUGGUCAUUUAUGGAGACGGUACUAUCGCUUUCACAACUGGAGAUGUCACCAAAUUACUCGAAGACGCUCAGAUAAUCCAACCCAAGUUCAUGGCUGGUGUGCCUAGGGUAUUCAACAGAAUCCACGCCGCCGUGAAGACCCAAAUGGAUGCUGGAGGGCUCAAAGGUGCUUUACUUAAAAAAGCCGUCGAUGCCAAAUUACACAAUUGGCGAACAACUGGAAGCGUGACUCAUCCGCUAUACGAUGCUUUAGUUUUCAGAAAGAUUCGAGCUUUAUUGGGUGGUCAAUUAGUCUACAUGUGCUCCGGAGCUGCGCCACUAACUUCAGACGUCCAUGAAAUGCUAAAGAUCUGUUUCGGAUGUGAGGUUGUACAAGGUUAUGGAAUGACAGAGACGAUCGGAACCUGCACCAAAGGCAUUGGCCAGGACGUUCGAGCUGUCGGUACAGUCGGUUACAUACAACCUUGUAACGAUGUCAAGCUCGUCGAAGUAGCUGAAAUGGGGUACACAAGCAAUGACAAACCUAAUCCGCGAGGAGAAAUCUGCCUCAAAGGAUACAACAUCACACCUGGAUACUUGCACAAUCCCAAAGCUACGGAAGAGACUAUCGAUACAGACGGUUGGUUCCACACUGGAGAUAUUGGCGAAGUUGAUGUUUAUGGUCAUUUGAAGAUCGUUGAUAGGGUGAAGAAUGUGAUCAAAUUGAGUCAAGGUGAAUACGUCGCUCUAGAAAAGCUCGAAUCACUUUACGCUCUUGAUCCCCUUUUCGCCUCUUUGUUGGUUCAUGGCGACUCUACUCGAUCCAGCAUCGUGGCUAUAGCAGUGCUUGAUCCUAUUCAAGCUGCAUCUGUCAUUUCCAGUUCUUUAGGGAAGAAUCUCAAACCCGAAGAUCUCACUGCACUCGAAUCCGCUGUUGCCGAUAAGAAAGUCAGAAAAGCUGUAUUGAAGAGAUUGGCCAGAAGAGCCAAAGAACAUAAGUUAAACGGAUUUGAAACCAUCAAAGGUGUUCAUCUGACUUUGGCUCCUUUCCCUGACGAAGUUAUGACUCCAACCUUGAAAAUCAAGAGGAAUGUCGCAGCUAAGAAGUACAGUAAAGAGAUUGAAGAAGCAUAUCAAGAAGCAGAAAAUCCGGAUAGCGCUCAAUCGAAAAUCUGA